AUGCCGUUCUGGGACAAGAACGAAAAGUCUGGCGACACCAUCUCGCAGUCGCCAUCAGACCCUUUCACCCGCGACUCUCACGACGAAGGUAUCGUCCACGACAAUGCCGAUCAUCUCCAGCGCCGUCUGGGUAACAGACAAAUUCAAUUGAUCGCAAUCGGUGGUUCUAUCGGAACAGCUCUCUUCGUGUCCAUCGGUGGCGGUCUCGCUCGUGGUGGACCAGCAUCUCUUCUUCUGGCAUACGCAAUCUAUUCGUGCUUCCUCGCGUUGGUAAACAACUGUAUCGCCGAAAUGACAAUUCUCUAUCCAGUAGAAGGAGGUUUCAUCCGUCUCGCGGGAAAAUUUGUCGACGAAGCGUUCGGCUUCAUGGCUGGCCUCAACUUCUUCCUCUAUGAAGCUUUGCUCAUUCCUUUUGAAAUCACCGCUCUCACCACUGUGCUUGGUUUCUGGUCGGAGGCAUCAGAACUCAAGUGGGCAAUCCCAAUUGCUUGUAUUAUUCUCUACGGUCUUCUGAACGUUCUUGCUGUGAAAGCUUACGGUGAAGCUGAGUUCUGGUUGAGUGGCGGCAAAGUCAUCUUGAUCUUCAUGCUCUUCGCCUUCACCUUUGUUACCAUGGUCGGUGGAAAUCCCCAACACGACGCAUAUGGCUUCCGCAACUGGAAGCACGGAGCGUUCGCAGAGUACAGAACUCAGGGUUCCCUUGGCCAAUUCGAAGGCUUCUGUGCGGCUCUUUGGUCCGCAUCCUUCUGUGUUGUUGGCCCAGAGUAUAUCUCCAUGGUUGCCGCUGAGGCCAAGCGCCCUCGCAUAUAUAUCAAGGCCGCCUUCAAGACCGUUUACUGGCGUUUCGGUAUCUUCUUCAUCGGUGGUGCCCUCGCUGCUGGCAUCGUUGUCGCGCAUAACGACCCCCAACUUGUCGCCAUUGUUUCCGGAACCGCAGGUGGUGGUGGUACCGCUGCUGCAUCGCCCUAUGUCAUUGCCAUGAAGAACAUGAGCAUUGUUGGACUUCCUCACUUGGUCAACGCCCUGCUUGUGACUUCCAUUUUCUCCGCCGGUAACACCUACACCUACUGCGCUACUCGCUCUCUCUAUGGCAUGGCUGUUGAAGGUCGCGCUCCUGGCAUCUUCCGCAAGACCACUAAGAACGGUGUCCCAAUCUUCUGUUUCUUCUUCGUCAUGCUGUUCCCCUGCUUGUCCUUCCUCCAGGUGUCCAGCGGUUCUAACAAGGUUCUGACCUGGUUGGUUAACUUGAUCACCGCAGGUGGUAUCAUCAACUACAUUGUUAUGACUAUCACCUACAUCUUCUUCUGGCGUGCUCUUAAGGCUCAAGGAGUCGACAGAAAGCUCCUUCCCUACUGCGGUUGGUUCCAACCUUGGUCCGCAUACAUCGGCCUUGCCUGGAUGAUCAUGAUCGUCACCUGCUACGGAUACACCAGCUUUGCACCCUGGUCGGUGGACAAUUUCUUCAUCUACUACACCCUCUUGUUGCUUGCCCCGGUAUCCUUCACAUGCUGGAAGCUUCUGAAGAGAACGAAGCUUCAACAGCCCAUGACUACCGAUCUCGUCUGGGAACGCCCAGCCGUCGACGCUUACGAGGCCACUUUCCUCGAACCGCCGAACAGUUUCUGGCGCGAGAUGAUUCCGUUCAGAAAGAACAACGGAAGUGACCGUCAAGCCAGUGACUCGGGCAACUACUCUGGUAUGGAGUAA